AUGAUAAAACAUCGUUUUGAAGUGACAUCAGUUGAUGAACUUAGUCGUGAUAAUAUAUCAUUUCAACCAUCGGAAAUAAUUCCAUUAAUUAAUAUUAAAAAUGAAAUUCCAUUAACAUCAUUUUCAUUAGUUCCUUCGAUUAUAACAAUUAAUGAAACAUCUAAAAUAUCAACACGUUCAGAUAAUAAUUUUUUACAACAAUUAAAAAAAAGUUCAUCAACAACAGAUCUUAGUCAAGAUAUUAAAUCAACAUCUUUACCAAUUAUUCAUACAAAUAGUAGUACAAAUACAAAUAUUAAUAGUAUAGUAGAAGAUGCUAAUACAACUUAUUCUACAAUACAAUCUAAUAGUUUUGAUACAAAUUCACCUCAUUUAACAAAUAAAUUUCUUCAAGAAUUACGUUUAAAAUGUCGUGAAUUACGUGAUAAAACAAAAAAUCUUUCAAUUGAACAACGUAUUGCUUUAAAUCGUCAUCAAAAUAAUCAAAAUCGUCCACGUGCACAAGAUAUAUUUGCUGUAAAUUUUGAAUUAAAUUAUAAUGAUGAUUUACAAGAUAAUUUAUUAAAUGAAGAUUUACAAGAGAAAAUUCGAAAUAAUAUUUUUAAUGAAUUAGAUCGUCGACGAAUGAAACAAUAUCAAAAACAAUAUCGUCAAUUAGUAUUUGGUCGAGCAAUGCUAAUAGUUUUUAUAUCAUUAUUAGCAAUUAUGAGUAUAACAUUAAUUUAUGUUGUUAUUAAUUUAUAUAGUCGAGCACAAUAUAUAGACACAAAAUUGCCAGAUGAUAAAUUUUUACCGAUGAUUUAUGAUACAACACCGGAUGAAUAA